AUGCCUUUCACACUUCUUCAUUUAGGAUCUAUUUGUGGCGGCCACAAAUACAACUCAGCCACAUUGGAAUGGGCAAUGGUUGAGUUACUACGUAACCCUAAAAAACUGUCAAAAGCUCAAGAGGAGCUAGAGCAAGUCAUUGGCAAAGGAAAACUAGUAGAGGAAUCCGACAUUGCUCGACUUCCUUACUUACAAGCAAUAAUCAAAGAAACCUUUCGGCCGCACCUAGCAGUUCCAUUUAUCCCCCGCAGAGCUGAAGCAGGUGUAGCAAUCUGUGGCUACAUUGUACCAAAGGGUGCGCAGGUGUUGGCGAAUGCAUGGGCCAUUGGCAGAGACCCUAGCAUUUGGGACAACCCUACCUCAUUUAUGAUGGAGAGGUUCUUGGUUAUGGAUAUUGAUGUUACAGGCAAAAGCUUUGAGCUUAUUCCAUUUGGUGAUGGGAAGAGAAUCUGUCUUGGCUUGCCAUUGGCAAUGCAAAUGAUACACUUGAUGUUGGGUUCACUUAUAAACUCCUUUGAUUGGAAGCUUGGAGAUGAUGUUGUACCAUAG